GUUGAGCAAGUCUGCACUUUACUCUCUCCUCACGCUCUCCUCACUCUCUCACACACACACACACACACUUACACACACUGCGCUGUUCGAUUGGGAAUUUCUGGGGGAAAUCACAUGCGCUAAAAGAAGAGGAGGAGACAUUCUAAUAGAAAGUGAAAGUAAAGUGUGGUGGCGAGACGAGCAGAAUGUGUGCCGCCUUGGAUCAGAGCAGACGUUCGCAGCGAGACACGUCUGUGAGUCUGUGUGAACCAAGUGUGCGGAUGUCGACACAGUGUUUCGUGGUGUUCACGUGUAGAGACUCGUCUGAUCGAACACUGUAGGCUACAUGCGAGUCUCGAUGCUCACGAUAGCAGCAUGUCCUCAUGGAAAAUAGUGACCUGUGUGGGUCUCUUGGUGUCGCUGAUUUCCAUCGCAAAACAAGACUGUUCUGAUUACUUCAAAAUGACAAAUUGGACGGAAAAUCAGCUGAAGCAGAGUUUUCCCCUUGUAAACGCCACAGAUUCAAAUGACGUCAUCGAAUGUACUUUGGAAAUGCUGUGCAAAGAAAAUAGAUCCCCGUGUCACUUAUUACAGUGUUUCAACGAAGAUACAGUCGAGGGGACGAGAAGGCCAUUAACGUGUAAAAACAAGACUUCUCAGAACAUCUCGUUCUAUCACCUUCACUGCUUGGUCGCCAGAGCAGCCCGUGAUGUUAUUGUACCUGAAGCCUGCAAUUACGACAAUGUGUGCCCUCUGUAUUACAAGAUAUCACCACACGAUCAAACAACAACAUUGCCGCCCACAACAACAGCAGCAACAACAACAACAACACAGUCAACAACUGCAACCACAGCAGCAGCAACAACAACAACAAAAUUGCGUCCAGCAGCAGUAGCAGCUAGCAGCUCAAUUACAACAGCAGCAACAACAACCCCAGUACAGGGUAAUGCUGGCAAAUUGAACGUUGAAGACAAAAGAAGUACAGGUAAGCAUUAUGUCAACAAUCACAUUGUGCAUGUAAAGUAUGGAUCAAUGUGUUUAUAAAAUGUCUGAAACGAGUUAUGAUGUCCUGCAUAAUUUCUCUGAACUGAGGACAACCUAAACAGUUUAUUCUACACUUGUUGUUUACUCUACAUUAUUUACACCACGAUGCUGAUUGAUGCCCAAAUGACCGAGAUAUUGCACAGUCACCACCCAAUCUUCAUGUUAACAUAUGCAUGACUCACCUAUUUCACAUUCUCUACUGGGUUGUGUGCAUGUUGCAAGUUCCAUAAAAUUCAGCUGAAGCAGACUUCACGUCAUUAAGUUCCCUCUAUGUUUAAAGUUUGAUAUAUUUUAUCUUCGGGGAAGAAAAAUCCACCAGCUUAAUUUGCCUGAAUUACAUACUGUAAUUAAGAAAAGAAUGGUGAUUUAAAGAGCCACCACCCUGACACUGCUUUGUUUUCUAAUGGACGACAGCUGUCUCACCAUUAUUCAGUUGAAAGCUCGAGACGAGGUGUCAGGAUGUGCAGCAAUUUGUUUCCAUCCUGUCUAUGUUUGCAUCCUUCCAAAGGUACAGUGUGUAAAAUUUAGCAACGUUUGUCCAAGUUGUUUCUAUCAUGGCACAGCACAGGUUGGUUGGUAGGCGGGGUGUGAAUGGCCUGUUUCUAACCAGUGGAACAGUUUGGUUAAGUACAGUACAUAUUUUUUGUGUGUUUCCCUUAGGAAUAGAACCAAGAAGUUACAUUUUUCAGUACUCUUCCCCUUGGGUACCAGAGUCAUGGUACGGUACGGUACAAUUGGAGCUAGAGCCAUGACAGUCAGCUUAUUGGGUGAAAGAAAAGUGUCACUCCCUUGCGACCAAUAUUUCUUCAACGGCCGCUGGAUUUCCUCCGUUGUGUUGUUGUCUGUUGUGUUGUGUGCGAGGUCGUUGCAUCAGUCAGUACAACAUCGCGCUAUGUGUCUCGCUGACACGGCCAUCGAGCACAGCGCACACCCCACCUACCAAGUAAAGGAUACUGUUCUUUGUUGAAAAGCAAGUCUGACUGAGGGCUUUACCGUUCCAGAAUGUACCGUGCUGUACCAAACUGAAUUGUACCGUGAUGGAAACACAGCCUUAUUGUUGCCAAGGAAAGGGUGCCAAAAAUACAACGGUAUGGGGCGGGUUAUUUCCGUACUAUUCCUAAUGGAAAUGCAAAACAAUGCGUAUCGUACUGUACCAAAAUUCAUACAAACAGGUGACUUCACACUCGUGAAAACAUAAGCACAAUUAUUUAAUCUUCAAUUUCUUUCAAAGUGAUUUUACACACUGGACCUUUUAAUUGUCUUUGCAUUGAC